AUGCACAAGAAUGAAGACAUAGGGGGGAAGGGCCCCCCGGGGAACGAGGAGCGGAUGGGGAGAAACCACCUGAUCUUGGUGGUGGACGUAAAUUUCAUGAUCUGGUGUGAAGGACUGAAAAUUAAGUUCGACAAAAAUAAUGUAAAAACGUUAAGUCUAGCAGAGUUCCUAAAGAGUACAUUUCACUUCGUACGCUUCUAUUGCCUAAUGAGCAACGCAGAGAGAAUAUGCAUCAUAGCUACAUCGUUAAGAAGCUGUAGAAUUUUGUACGAAAAUUACGUCUCCUAUGCAAAAAACAAUUUGACGGAAAAGGAUUACUGCGAAGAAGCAUACAACAAGCUAAUAGAAUUUAUACGCCAAAAUAAAACAGAAAAAAUGAUGGAAAGUAGUUUAUCAUCAGCCCUGGCAGUAGCUUUAUGCUACAACCACAGAAUCGUUAACAUGUACGAGAAUAUGAAAGGCAGGAUCUUUCUACUGGACAUAUCGAAUGAGACAUAUGUAUACACAAAUCAGUACACACAAUUAAUGAACAUAGCGUAUAAUGCCAAAAGGAAUGACAUCAUAAUUGAUGUUUUUUCCCUUAACUACAAAAUACAGCUAUUGGAACAAAUUUGUAACAUUACAAAUGGCCUCUACAUUGAUAGCAGCAUUUUUUUUAACGUAAAUUGUACAGAUAAUAUCGAGGAUGUUCUCACGCAGACGAUGAUUUUUUGGUUCCUUCCGUCUAACAAUACAAGGAAAUAUUUUUCCAAUACGUACCUAAAUGACGAUACUAACAUUGCUGUCUGCUCUUGCCAUAACAAACAGGUGGAUAUUGCUUACAUCUGCUCCUGCUGUUUGGCUAUUUACUGUUCUGAGAAGGAUGAUAAUACGAAUAAGGAUAGAAUUUCUUGCUUUGUUUGUAAGACUCGCUUUACAAAGGCGCUUCUGCGCAACAAAACUGUGUCCGACUUGGACUUCUCCUCCAUUUGA